AUGUCAGUCACUGGAGAAGAAAAGGCCCAUGGGAGUGGAUCUGAAACUUCAUCUAUUGGACAUGUCGCGAUCUACGAGCGUCCAAGAGGAUGGAGAGGCAUCUACUACCACCCCGCCACACAGGUCUGCUUGGUGGGCUUCGUGUGCUUCAUGUGCCCGGGGAUGUUUAACGCCCUGACUGGUCUUGGUGCUGGUGGCCAAGUCGAUGCAACUACCACCGCAAACGCGAAUCCGCUCUCUAUUCUACCUUCGCCUUUUUUGCCUUCUUUUCUGGGUCACUCCGUGCACAACGUGCUUGGACCUAAACGUUGUCUAUUGCUCGGAACAUGGGGAUAUUCUCUGUUAAUCGGGUCUUAUCUUGCAACGAACAUUCAUCCCGGUGCAGGUGACUUUGUUGUCGUUGCUGGAGCUAUCCUGGGUGCCUGUGCGGCAUUGGUAUGGACGGCGCAAGGAUCCUUGAUGAUGGCAUACCCGACCGAGGCUCAGAAGGGGACAUUUAUCGGUUACUUCUGGGCUAUCUUCAAUGUAGGAGGUGUCGUUGGCUCCGCAGUAGCCUUUGGGUCGAAUUUUAACUCCGAGGCGAACAAAGUCGGAAAUGCAACAUACGUGAGUUCCUCUGUUAUGGUGAUGAAAAUAUUUGAUCAUAUUGCUGAAGAUUACCCAUACAAGAUGAUACGUACUGACGGAACCAGAGUCACGCCUAUCCGUUACCCUUCUUGGAAAACUGAGUUUAUCAGCCUAUUUGUGGCACUGAAAACGGACCCUUGGAUUGUCCUUUUGUUUCCCAUGUUCUUCGCUAGUAACUACUUCUACACCUGGCAAUUCAAUGAUUAUAAUGGCGCCCUGUUCAACAUUCGCACUCGCGGCUUGAAUAACUUCGUUUAUUGGACUGCUCAGAUCUUUGGCUCAUUCUUCAUUGGUCACUUCGUUCUGGAUCUGAGGCGCUUCCGUAGACGUGUCCGUGCAUUCUUGGGCUGGACGAUUGUAGUGGUCUUCGUUUUUGCCGUCAACGUAUGGUCAUACUACUACCAAUUGACUUACACUCGCGCCUCCGACCCUCCUACAGCCGUCAAGAUAGAUAUUCACGAUUCAAGUUACCCCCCAUAUGUAUGGCUCAUGAUUUUCUAUGGUCUCCUCGAUUCUAUGUGGCAAACAACUGCCUACUGGCUGAUGGGCGCUAUGUCCAAUGACCCUGCAAAGCUUGCUGUGUUCACCGGCUUUUACAAGUGUUUCCAGUCUGCUGGAUCUGCUGUUGUGUGGCGCCUUGACGCUGUGCAAAAACCAUAUAUGGACAUUUUCAUUUCUACUUGGGUCUUAACGGCUGCUGGCAUGAUAUUUGCCUUUCCCUUGGUCUACGUCCGCCUAAAAGACCACACGGAAAUGGACGAUGAGGCUCUGUUGGCCCGCCCAAACGUCGGGAGACUUCCAGAAGUCUCUCAGAAAUAA